AUGGAAGAGACAAAGUCGAGAUUCAAUAGGAUUUGUGUUUUUUGUGGUAGCAGUUCAGGGAAGAAAGCCAGCUACCAAGAAGCUGCUGUUGAACUUGGGAAGGAGCUGGUGGAGAGAAGGAUUGAUUUGGUCUAUGGUGGUGGAAGCGUGGGAUUGAUGGGUCUUGUUUCUCAGGCAGUUCAUGAUGGCGGGCGCCAUGUCCUAGGAGUUAUUCCAAGGACCUUAAUGCCUAGAGAGUUAACUGGUGAGACUGUUGGUGAAGUGAGAACUGUCUCAGAUAUGCACCAAAGGAAAGCUGAGAUGGCCCGCCAAGCCGAUGCUUUCAUUGCCCUCCCUGGUGGUUAUGGCACUCUAGAAGAAUUGCUGGAAGUCAUUACCUGGGCUCAGCUUGGAAUCCACCGCAAACCUGUGGGCCUCUUGAAUGUGGACGGCUUCUACAAUUCUUUGUUGAGUUUCAUUGAUAAGGCCGUUGAUGAAGGCUUUAUUUCUACUACUGCACGUCAAAUCAUCGUGUCUGCUCCAACGGCCAAGCAAUUGGUCAGACAACUUGAGGAGUAUGUACCAGAGCAGGAUGAAAUAACAUCAAAGCUGGUUUGGGAAGAGGUGGACAGAAUAAGUUAUGUGUCUGAGCCACGUGAUGUGUUGGCUUUUGAUUGA